AGAAUUCACUUUAAUCAGAGUGCUGGCCCGGGAUAGACAUUAUCUGACUGACUUUCUCACUUGUUAUUGUAUCAGUUAAAAUUCUCAAUGUGUCACUAAAAAUCGCCGGCCAGAUUGCUGAACGAACAAAAAAAUAAAAACAAGAAAAUUCAUAGUGUUAAUUCAGUUGAGUUGUUCGCCCAACCACAGUAUCGCAGUGCACAGUACAUCACCACAAUGGCCAAGGACCAGGAAGGACACACUUGUCAACCAUCCGCCCCGGAGUCCACGGAGGAUCAGAAACGGGAGCAGCGUGCUCGUCUUAUCAAGGCAUUGAGCCGCUUCAAGCCACGCGAUGCGAGUCCGCUGCAGUUCUACAACUGUGUCCGCGAACUGUGCAUCAUGCACAAUUGCAGCAUCGAUGAGGGGCUCGAACGAGCGGCGUUAACUUGGCCAGGACUUAGUAUGCGCCAGCGGGAGCUAUACGAUUCGCAACGUCAUGCAGAACUGCCUAUUCCCGUGCCACGUCACCUCAUCUACCGCGCCUUCCAGAAGGAGAGCAAGGGUCUCUGGUCCCUGGGCCGCUCCUCGGUGGGUGGCGGCAAGCAGAGCACCCGCUAUACCCUGGAAUCCUACAAGCCGCCACCCAAGCCGUCACGCCUCAGAAGGCAGCUGAAUGAACGGCGCCCCAAGUACGAUAAUCUAUUGGAUUUGCCACCGAAAGUGGCAGCUAUGCGCGUGCCGCCGGAGCCGAAUCGCAAAUUUUCCAGGGUAUCACCAGCUUCCGGUCGCCGGAUACGAAAUUUUACGCCACCGGCCGUUAGGCGUGUCCGAUCCAUCCGGCAAAUUCUAUCGAUGGCCAGUGUGGAUAUGAAGAAGAGCGCACGGAUGCGCAAUCCGGGCAAAUGCAAUCGAAACAAGAAAACUGAUGCCACGGAAACCGCGGGCAAAUUGCAACCGGAUAAACUGGCAUCUGGCGUUAAUAAGCUGUCGAAGAAGAAGGCGAUCAAACGCAAGGGUGUCGCAUCCAAGGCAAAGCGAUUGGCCAAGGCUGAGGAUCUGCAGACGUCGCACAACUGGGAUGAGGCCAUCGGAUGCGUUCGUCGGCGUCUCAUGAUGCACAAGCCUUUGAAGUCCAGAUCCUAACUAAAUCUAUAUACCAUUUAUAUAGCCCAUAGAAAUGGUGUCAGUAAGUGUAGAUUUUACUUGUUAAAGGAUUACUUCAUUGUCCUCAAUGAAAAUCGCUUUCAGAACAAAAGAAGUUAAAUUAAAAGUA